AUGCAUCACUUGGGGAUUCUCUUCCUCAUCCUUGCUUUCUGGACCAUUUCCUCUGCUUCAGCGGCUAGUCAUGGCGAGAUCUCCUACGCUGAGCACUGCGGGGACACCGUCCCGGAAUCGGAAGCCACCGCCCUCGUCGUCAAGCACUUCGACCACAUCUCCUUCCGAAAUGGGUAUUUCUCUGGCGGCGCUGGCCUCUUUAGCCAGGUGGACACCUCCGCGGUGUUCGCCCCGCCCUCCGUCAACUUCCAGACCAAGUCCCUGCACAAGACCGAGAAGAACGGCACCUUGCGGAUCCAGGCAGCCAUGACGCUCUUCGGCGCCUCCCAGAACCAGAGGCAGCACUGGAGGCGUUUCUCUCCCCACGCAGUCGUGGAAGAAGCCACCUUCGAGGACCUCGCCGGCUUCUGGUCCGAAUCCACCGGCAAAGUAUGCAUGGUCGGCCGUGGUGUCUACAGCGAUGGCCAAGGCAAAUCCUUCCUUCUCUCCGCUGUCUUGAUCCUGAAUCUUCCCACGGUUUCCAACUUGAACACCACCUUGAUUGACGGCGAGGUAGAGAUUUUGAACCGCGUCGGUCAGCCCAACAACUUCGGUUCCAAUUCCAUCACGGUUUUAGCUUAUUACGCCCCAAAUCCCUAUCACUUCACCAUCUUCCCUCAAGCCACCAGUUCAUGUUCCGCUGUCAAAAUUGAGGAAGACUCAUCAGAAAUUGAACCUGCCAGAGCUUGCCCAUUCCUCUUCAAUCAGGUGUUCAGAAUAGACUAUAAAAACAGCGCUGACUGCGCCGAGGGCAGUUGUAGACCGUUAGGCAAAAGCCUGUGGUUCACCCCUCGAUUCCUUUCUCUGAACCAGAUCUUUUGCCUAGAGAAUGGUUCCAUAAAUUUCUACCUUGACUUCUCCAAUUCCAGUAGCUAUCCAUACGAUAUGCCUAUGAGACCUGAAAGGUCCUUGGUUGGUGAAGCAUACUGGGAUCGCCAGAGGAAGCAGUUCUGUUUGCUAACUUGUCGUGUGAUCAACGCAGAUUCGCCGGAGCAUCCCCAUGUGGGUGCCUGCGACGUCGGACUCACUCUGUGGUUCCCGACGGUCAUGACACUGAAAGAAAGAAGCGACGUCGUGGGUCGCAUCUGGAGCAACAAGGACAAGAUAGAUGCGGAGUACUUUGACAUGGCCUCUAUCCAUAGUCUCAACGAUGGCUGGAACAGGAUCCAUGGUCUGAAGUACAAUUACACCGAAGCGGAUUCGGUUGGAAAUUCUUGUAGUAAUAGGAUAACAACCUCCUCUGAGUCCGGUCAUCAAGUGUAUCCAGGUCCAAAAUCAUUGGGUGGCGUGAGAUUAGGCAUAAACAUGAAUGAUGCUAAAGGAAAACGAACGUGGAGGGAAGCCAAUUUCUUGUCAGUAGGAGACUCUGUUUUUGAAUAUCAUUACAGAAGGAAGUCAGGCAUCAGAAGCUCGGGUGCUGCUAACACAAGUAUCUGGAACGUGGGCUUUGAAAUAACCAAGAGAUCGAAUCCUUUUGAUGACGACUUCGAAAUAAACGAGCUUGCAGCGGAAGGCGUGUACAACUCUGCAACUGGAAGAUUCUGCAUGAAAGGAUGUCGAUACCCGAAGCAGCCAGGCCAGUAUGGAACCCUGGAUUAUGAGUCCAUCGACUGUGAAAUAUUGGUCAGCAUCCAGUUGGCUGACCUGCUUGAUGAAUGA